GAGAGGACAGGAGGAAAGAGAAAAGAGAAGACUCCUCUUUACUGCUGGCACAUCUCAACUAAGCAGCUAGUUUUCAACAGUAUCAGGAGGCUCCAAAGAGAUACCUACAAAAGAAUGAAGAAUGAGAAUAAUAAGGUGACCAUGGUGAAGAGAGUGGCAAUCAUCGGAGCUGGCGUCAGUGGCUUGGCCGCCAUCAGAUGCUGCCUGGAAGAGCAGCUGGAGCCCACCUGCUUCGAGAAGGGCAAAGAUGUUGGGGGCCUGUGGAAAUUCUCGGACCAUCCAGAGGAAGGCAGGGCCAGCAUUUACCGGUCAGUCUUUACCAACUCUUCCAAAGAGAUGACGUGUUUUCCAGACUUCCCAUGUCCUGAUGACUACCCCAACUUUAUGCACAACAGCAAACUCCAGGAAUAUAUCACUAUGUUUGCCAAAGAAAAGAACCUCCUGAGAUACAUACAAUUUAAGACUAUUGUAUCCAGUGUAAACAAACGUCCUGAUUUCUCAACCACCGGCCAAUGGGAUGUUACCACUGAAAAGGAUGGUAAAACAGAAUCAGCUAUCUUUGAUGCUGUACUGAUUUGUUCUGGACACCAUGUGUACCCCAACCUACCAAAAGAGUCCUUUCCAGGAAUAAACCUUUUUAAAGGCAAAUGUUUCCAUAGCCGAGACUAUAAAGAACCAGGAAUAUUCAAGGGGAAGCGAGUCCUGGUGAUUGGCCUGGGGAAUUCGGGCUGUGAUAUUGCCACAGAACUCAGCCACAUAGCUGGAAAGGUCAUCAUCAGCUCCAGAAGUGGCUCCUGGGUGAUAAGCCGGGUCUCGGAUGAUGGCUAUCCAUGGGACAUGAUGUCAAUCUCUCGAUUUGAAACCCUCCUCAAGAACGCCUUACCAACAGCCAUCUCUGACUGGUGGUACACGAAGCAAAUGAACGCAAGAUUCAAGCACGAGAACUAUGGCUUGAUGCCUUUACAUGGCACCCUGAGGAAAGAGCCUGUGUUCAAUGACGAACUCCCAGCUCGCAUCCUCUGUGGCACCGUGUCUGUUAAGCCUAAUGUGAAGGAGUUCACAGAGACGUCAGCCAUUUUUGAGGAUGGAACCAUGUUUGAGGCCAUUGACUGUGUCAUCUUUGCCACAGGCUACACUUACGCCUACCCCUUCCUUGAUGACUCCAUCAUCAAAAGCAGAGACAAUGAGGUCACCUUAUUUAAAGGCAUCUUCCCGCCUCCACUGGAGAAGCCAACCUUGGCUGUGAUUGGCCUUGUCCAGUCCCUUGGGGCUGCCAUCCCCAUAGCUGACCUGCAGGCCCGCUGGGCAGUACAAGUACUAAAAGGAACUUGCACUUUGCCUUCUGUCAAGGACAUGAUGAAUGAUAUUGAUCAAAAAAUGGGGAAAAAGCUCAAAUGGUUUGGCAAAAGUGACACCAUACAGACGGAUUACAUUGUUUACAUGGAUGAGCUUGCCUCCUUCAUCGGGGCAAAACCCAACAUCCUGUGGCUGUUUCUCACAGAUCCCAAGCUGGCCUUGGAGGUGUACUUUGGCCCUUGCAGCCCGUACCAGUUUAGGCUGGUGGGCCCAGGGAAGUGGCCAGGAGCCAGACAUGCCAUCCUGACCCAGUGGGACCGGUCACUGAAACCCACGACGACAAGAGCUGUUGGGAAUCCAGUGAAGCCUUGCUUAUUUUACAGCUGGUUCAGGCCCGUUGCUAUUUCUGUUGUGUCAGUUGCUAUUUUCCUUCUGUUGAUCUAAGCAUCGUUCCCUCUAAGAGUCUGGAUGUCACUGACUGCUCCUGGGAAGAAACUUCAACAGUUAAGGAUUUCACACCUCCCACUUUCCUAUUCAGCAGGCAUUAGUCAGUAAAACAGUCCUACUUCUAGACUUUUAAAUAAGCCCCUUUAAGAAUCAUGUCAAGAUCUGACGAGAACAUGGAUCAUUUAUUUCUCUUUUAGGAUCGACUAACUUUUCAUAAUUCCAUAAUACUUCCAUAACAUUUCAUAAGUAGAUAUAUGCUCUUGAUCUCUAACCUAAAUCAGCUCCUGAAACAUUGGACAUGAUUCCUUUCCUCCGUGAAACAAUGUUUGAAAUAUGUAUUUCAAACCUAAACAAAGAGCAAAUAAAGCAGAAGAGCUAAGAUAUGGUAGCCUCAGCCUGCUUCUACAAACCGUUUGCAGGCUCAAGGGGAGAAUUUGGCUAUUAUAUUCCAUUUUCGUUUUCUGCUGCAUCCUCUAGGCAAUACCUCCUGUUCCCUGGCCAAGAAACAGCAUGGAGACCCCAUCUAUCAUGAAAGUUAGCAAGAAGUAACUCAUUGUAUUUAUAUUCUCAAUAAGGAAACAAACUUUCCAACGUGUAGCAGCAAAAUAACAACAACAAAAACCAUAAUGAAUAGAGCACCAAAUAUAUCUUUUAGCUGAAUGGAAAAUCUUUUAAAAAAUUAAAUAUUUAGCCAAAAUUGUUACCAAAGUCUAAUGCUACCCUUAUAAAACCUGAUCAUGUAUAUCAUAUAGAAUAAUACAUGCUUAUAGAUUGGUGUGCCAGAGUAAAUCUAAAUUUUUGGUUUUUAAGUAUUACUACAUGAUAUAAUUAAAUUUUUGAUCAUUAAAAUUUUUUAAGUUUGAGGGGGAUGGUAUAGCUCAGUGGUAGAGUGUGUGCUUAGCAUGCAUUAGGUCCUGGGUUCAAUUCCCACUAUCUCCAAUAAAAUAAAUAAAUAAACCUAAUUACCUCCCCUCAAACAUAAAUUAAUUAAGUAAAAAUAAAUAGAAAAUUUAAAAAUUUUUUUAAGUUUGACAUUAUGGAGCAGAUAAAAAAUCUGUCCAUAUUAUCAGUCAUCAGGGGGCCCUGUAUGUUGUUAAAAUCCAUAUUUCUUACUAUAGCUUCACUUCUAAUCGAAGCCAAUAGGGCAACAAGAAGAGGAGACCAUAUUUUUCUCUAGUUCUUUCUUCUGUUUUCUUUUUUAAUUCUCUUGAUAUUUUUAUCUUUGGGUACCAGACUUAUCAUGGAUAUUGUUGCCUCCAACUUUAAAUCAUUCCCUUUUCCUAACUGUUUAAGUUAGCAAAAUAACAUUCUGCUUUCAAGGUCUUCUCACAAGAGGUGAAAUAUUCCCAAAUAUUCCCAAGUGAGACAGAACUCUUCUUGAAACAUUGUAGCCUAAAUGGAAUCAAGUAAACAAAAAUUAAAUACAUACAUAAAAUUUAUUUGUUUAGUGUUAUAAAUGCUAGUAUGCAAAAUAGAUUUAAGAUUAACAUUGAUGUGACAUAACUUCUGUUAUUCUUCCUCAUAUUAUUUAACUUUUGGUAAAUGUUCAUUGGCUUAUGAAGGAUAUAAUAUUCUUCCUAAACUGAUGCAGACAACACACUCUCUUAAUAGUUCUACUAACAUCAUCUAUUUUCAUAAUAAACUGAACUAUUACCAAUGUCUUAA